AUGUUAAAUAAACCUUUUAAACCACCAAGAUUAAUCAAAACUAAAGAGAUAGAGAAAGAAGAGAAAGAAGAAAAAGUCCUUUUUGAAUCCAAAGUAUUGUCUGUCCAAUGGAGAAAGAAAACAAAUAAGAAAAAUAAAACUUGGGAUGGUGAUGGUACUAUACAAAUUAACAAUCACGAAAUUAUACUUAAAUCGGAAGAAAAUAAAACAAUAACAAGGAAAACAUAUAAUAAAUUACCACUGUUUGAUGAUGUUAUAUCUAUUGGAAAUUAUGAAAUAGAAGUAGAAAGUGAAAUAACUGAACCAAUUCAAAAAAAAACAAAAUUGGUUGGUAAAAAGACAAAAGUGGUCCCACUUGUUUAUGAUUCACCCAAUGCUAUUAAAUUAUCAGAUUCAAUAAGUAUUGAUCCUAUUCUAUCUCAAAAAUUAAGAUCUCAUCAAGUUGAAGGUGUUAAAUUUUUAUAUCAAAGUUUGGAAUCAUAUUCUGGUUGUUUAUUAGCUGAUGAAAUGGGAUUAGGUAAGACCUUAACUGCAAUUACUACAAUCUAUACAUUAUACAAACAAGCUGAUUAUAAGAAAUUUUUAAUUGUUUGUCCAGUUACAUUGAUUAAUAAUUGGAAAGCAGAAUUUAAAAAAUGGAUUAAUAAUAAAUUAUCAAUUCAACUGAGUGCUGAAAAAUCAGAUAUAGUUAAUUUUGGAAGAUAUAAUGUUUAUCAAAUAUUGAUUAUCAACUAUGAGAAAUUGAGUACGUGUUUUCAAGAAUUAAGUAAUGUGAAAUUUGAUUUAUUAGUGUGUGAUGAAGGACACCGAUUAAAAAAUAAAGAUUCAAAAGUAUUACAAAACCUAACAUCAUUGAACAUACCAAAAAGGAUAAUUUUAACUGGAACACCGAUUCAAAAUGAAUUGCUUGAAUUUUAUACAUUAGUUAAUUUUUUAAAUCCUGGUGUUCUUCCAGAUUUGAAAACAUUUCAAAAGAAGUUUGUUUGUCCAAUUACUAGAUCAAGGGAUUUGCAUUGUAUUGAUAGACUGCCAGGUGAAGAAGCAACUCAGGAAUUAGUUAAUUUGACAAGUCAGUUUAUAUUAAGAAGAACAGGAACAGCUGGUUUAAAUUUGACUAAGAAAACAGAUAUAUUAUUAUUCGUUCCUCCUACAACUCAACAAAUUGAAUUACUCAAAUCUGCAGAAUUUGAACAUUCAUUUCAAUUAAUUAACACAUUUAAGAAAAUAUGUAAUUCACCAUAUCUACAUGAUAAUUCACUCCCUAAAGCUUCAGGAAAAAUUAACAUAUUAAUUCCAUUAUUGAUUGAAUGUAUUGCAAAUAAAGAGAAAAUAGUUUUGAUAUCAAAUUAUACAUCAACUCUAACAUUAUUGGAAGAAAUAAUCAAAAAAUUAAAUUUCACAUUUUUGAGACUAGAUGGUUCAACUCCAAAUAAUAUCAGAAACAAACUAGUAUCACAAUUUAACAAUUCAAGUAUAAAUAUUUUUUUAUUAUCUUCGAAAUCAGGUGGAAUGGGUAUAAAUUUAAUAGGAGCAAGUAGGUUAAUUCUUUUCGACAAUGAUUGGAAUCCAAGUGUUGAUUUACAAAGUAUAUCUAGGAUACAUAGAGAUGGACAAUUGAAACCUUGUUUUAUUUAUAGAUUGUUUACUAGUGGUUGUAUUGAUGAAAAAAUAUUCCAAAGGCAAUUAUUGAAAUUGAAAUUGAGUUCAAGAUUCUUGGGAAAUGACAGUGAUGGAAUAAAUGAUUUUGAUCAUGAAGAUUUAAAGAACUUGUUUAACGUUGAGAAUACUAUUUGUAAUACUCAUGAUUUAAUUUGUGAUUGUGCGGGGACUGGUGAGAAGGUGGAAGUCGAAAAUGAGGCAGAUGAAGAAGAUGAAGAAGAAAAGGAGAAUGUGAAGGAUUGGAUUAGUGCUAAGGAUAUUAAGGAUGAUAAUGUUAAGAAGAGGGCUGUUAAGUUGGCCUUGAAUGAUUAUCAACAUUUUAAACCUGAAUGUUUUAAUCAUGAUGAGGUAUUGGAAAAAGUUCUAAAAAAGAUCAAGGUUUCUUUUGUUAUGUCUAAAGUAUCAUGA